UUCCUCCCGGCUGGCUCGUCUCCGUUGGCGCAGGCGAGGGUGUGCCUCUUACCGGUAGCAGUCGGGCCGCGUUUGUUCCAGUCAGUGGUGACCAUGGUGCUUGACCUGGACCUUUUCCGCGCCGACAAGGGCGGCGACCCGGCCCUCAUUCGCGAGAUGCAGCUGAAGCGCUUCAAGGACCCGGCCCUGGUGGACGCGCUGGUGGCCGCCGACGGGGCCUGGCGAAGAUGCAGAUUCCGUGCAGACAAUCUGAACAAACUGAAGAACCUGUGCAGUAAAACUAUAGGAGAGAAAAUGAAGAAAAAAGAUCCAGUAGGAAAUGAUGACCAUUUACCAGAAAAUGCACAAAAUCUUGAUGAGCUUACAGUAGACAUUUUACAAGGUCUUCAAGUAAACCAAAUAAAGAAAAUCCGUCUUCUUAUUGAUGAAGCAAUACUGAAGUGUGAUGAAGAGCGCUUAAAGCUAGAAGCAGAACGGUUUGAGAACCUCAGAGAAAUUGGAAAUCUUCUUCAUCCCUCUGUGCCAAUCAGUAAUGAUGAGGACACAGAUAACAAAGUGGAGAAGGUAUGGGGAGACUGUACAGGGAAGAAGAAGUACUCCCACGUGGACCUGGUUGUUAUGGUGGAUGGCUAUGAGGGAGAAAAGGGGGCCAUUGUCGCUGGCAGUAGAGGAUACUUUCUUAAGGGUGCCCUGGUUUUUCUAGAGCAGGCUCUUAUUCAGUAUGCCUUGCAGACGUUGCUCAGCAAAGGAUACACUCCUGUUUAUACCCCCUUCUUCAUGAGAAAAGAAGUGAUGCAAGAAGUGGCUCAACUAAGUCAGUUUGAUGAAGAGCUUUACAAGGUACUUGGAAAAGGCAGUGAGAAGAGUGAUGAUAACACAAUCGAUGAGAAGUACCUGAUUGCCACUUCUGAGCAGCCAAUUGCAGCUUUGCACAGGGAUGAAUGGCUGAAGCCAGAGGAUCUGCCUAUCAAAUAUGCUGGACUGUCUACCUGCUUUCGCCAGGAAGUUGGCUCACAUGGCCGUGAUACUAGAGGCAUCUUCCGAGUGCACCAAUUUGAAAAGAUAGAACAGUUUGUCUACGCAUCACCUCAUGAUAACAAAUCUUGGGAGAUGUUUGAUGAGAUGAUUGCAGUUGCUGAAGACUUCUAUCAGUCUCUGGGCAUCCCUUACCACAUAGUGAAUAUUGUCUCAGGCUCCUUGAAUCAUGCUGCCAGUAAGAAGCUAGAUCUGGAAGCAUGGUUCCCAGGUUCAGGAGCUUUCCGUGAGCUAGUUUCAUGCUCCAAUUGCACAGACUACCAGGCACGUCGGUUGCGGAUCCGUUACGGACAAACCAAGAAGAUGAUGGACAAAGUGGAAUUUGUACAUAUGCUGAAUGCCACAAUGUGUGCUACAACACGCACUAUCUGUGCCAUCUUGGAAAAUUAUCAGACGGAGGAAGGAAUUAUUGUGCCUGAGAGACUAAGGAGCUUCAUGCCACCAGGUCUGAAAGAAAUGAUAAAAUUUGUGAGACCUGCUCCUAUUGAUCAAGAACUUUCCAAGAAGCAGAAGAAACAGCACGAAGGAGGCAAAAAGAAAACAGCUGCAGGGGACUGUGCUCUGGAAGGGAGGAUGCAGAGCAUGGAUGUGAACAGUUCUUAAAACAGCUCCACGUGUUACUUUGCUUGAGGCUGUAUUGUUUAAUGGGGUGGAACUGAGGGGGAACCGGGAUAUGAAUUGCUGCUUUGUCUCAUCCCUUCUGUGGCAAUGGGCAAGUCAUCUUUUCCAUCUCAGCUUUCCCCCUGUAUAGCAAAGGAAGGUACUUCCUGUGGUGAUUUUGAGGAUCAAUUAACAUUCAUCAUGCACUUUGAAUGUGGAAGAUAGUGCAAAUGCUGACUACUAUUUCGCUAGCAGUUGUAUGUCUUAAAUUAUGUUAAUUAUGUACGGAAACAGUUUCUAUCCAGAUUCCUAGCUGUUUGUCCAAGCAGAGGGAACAAAGUGCUCUAUCGCAUUCACUUUUGGGAGCUCUCUGCAUAACUGGAACGAGUAUGUUAAGGCAGCGAUUAAAAGGGAAAGUAGAUUCAGACAUUUGUAUAAUUUUACUGUUAAGAUGGUCUGUUCAUGUUGUCAUAGGAUUUUACCUGAUUUGAUGGGACUCAGUGAAUAAAGCGAACAGUUAAGAAAUGA